UUAUAAUAAUAGGUAUUUUCGUAAGAUUUAAUCUGGUCACACUUGUCCAUGGUUUUUUUCAUGGAUGACAUUUCGUUUUGGCUUUCGGUGAAGUGGAUAAAUAAACUAAUUACCCUAUAAAAUUACUACUUACCUAUAAUUCUAAGAUAUUUAGCUAAAUAAUAGUUUACGUAAAGUGAUAUUUUUUUGCCAAUACUUCCAACUAUAGUGCCGAGAAACUAUAAAUUCAUAACCUCUAAACGGACGCUUUCGCGUCGCCGUUGCCAAAAUGACUGCUACUCCUGCUGUUACCGAAGAAAAUGCAGAAAUAGAUUGGGGAAAUGAAAGGUUGACUAGAGCACAGCGUGCCGUUGAAGCGAAUGUGUACGAUGUGGAUUCCUGGUCGUUGCUGAUCCGCGAGGCUCAGACUAGGCCCAUAAACGAAGUGCGGUCUAUGUACGAGAAGUUAAUCACAGCGUUCCCUACCACUGGCCGCUUCUGGAAAAUCUACAUUGAACAAGAGAUGAAGGCGAGAAACUUUGAAAAAGUAGAAAAGCUGUUCCAGAGAUGUCUGAUGAAGAUCCUGAACAUUGAACUGUGGCGGCUGUACCUCAACUACGUGAAGGAAACCAAGUGCCUGCUGCCCACAUACAAGGAAAAGAUGGCGCAAGCUUACGACUUUGCUUUGGACAAAAUCGGUUUAGACAUUCACGCGUACCCUAUAUGGAACGAUUACGUCACGUUCCUGAAGGGGGUCGACGCUGUGGGGUCGUAUGCCGAAAACCAGAAGAUAUCCGCUGUUAGAAAGGUGUACCAACGAGCAGUUAUCACCCCAAUAAUUGGUAUUGAGACGCUAUGGAAAGAUUACAUAGCGUUCGAACAGAGUAUCAACACUAUUAUAGCUGAAAGAAUGGCAAUGGAAAGAUCACGCGAGUACAUGAACGCGCGUCGAGUCGCCAAGGAACUUGAGACCGUGACAAGAGGUCUGAACAGAAACAUGCCGGCCACUCCACCUACUGUGGACCGGGAGGAAAUGAAGCAGGUGGAGCUAUGGAAGAAAUACAUAUUGUGGGAGCGUAGCAAUCCUCUCCGCUCGGAAGACACGGCUUUAGUCGCCCGACGAGUAAUGUUCGCCAUAGAGCAAGGUUUAUUGUGCUUGGCACAUCAUCCAGACGUAUGGCAUCAAGCAGCACAAUUUCUGGACCAUUCGGCGAAGCUAUUGCAGGAGAAAGGGGACUCGAACGCGGCUCGCUUAUUCUCCGACGAAGCUGCCGCGGUCUAUGAAAGAGCUACAAGUGGUCCUCUCAAGCAUUCCACACUGUUGCACUUCGCUCAUGCCGAUUAUGAGGAGAGCAGACUUCAUUAUAAUAAGGUACAUCAAGUAUACACCCGUUACUUAGAUAUGGAAGACAUAGACCCAACUUUAGCUUACGUGCAAUAUAUGAAAUUCGCAAGACGAGCUGAAGGCAUUAAAUCCGCUAGGACUGUCUUCAAACGAGCGAGGGAAGACCCCAGAUCCCGCUACCACGUAUUCGUAGCGGCCGCCCUUAUGGAAUACUAUUGUUCCAAAGACAAGAAUAUAGCGUUCCGAAUCUUCGAGCUGGGAUUGAAGAAGUUCUCACACAUACCGGAGUAUGUGCUGUGCUACAUCGACUAUCUGUCGCAUCUUAAUGAGGAUAACAACACUCGCGUACUAUUCGAACGCGUCCUAUCCUCUGGCAGUCUGAAACCGGAAAGCUCAGUGGAUAUAUGGAAUAGGUUUCUGGAGUUCGAGUCCAAUAUCGGAGAUCUAGUCUCCAUCGUGAAGGUCGAGAAGAGGAGACAAGCAGUUCUUGAGAAGAUCAAAGAGUUUGAAGGCAAGGAGACGGCUCAACUCGUGGACAGAUAUAAGUUCUUGGAUUUGUAUCCGUGCAGUAUCGCAGAACUCAAAUCUAUAGGGUAUACUGAGGUGGCAUCAAUGUCGAACAAAUCGUGGGCUUUGGGUGGGCCACUGGCGGGGGUGUCCCCAGAAUUGGCUGCAUUUAUACUGGGCCACAAGGACAACGACCCCAACAAAGACAUAGCUCGACCGGACCCCAAUCAAAUGAUCCCGUACAAGCCCAAGAUAAACCCUUUGCCUGGCGAACAUCCUAUAUCAGGCGGCAGUUUCCCCCUGCCGCCGGCGGCAGCUCACCUGUGCACUCUGAUGCCGCCACCGUCCUCCUGCCGCGGCCCCUUCGUCCACGUCGACAAACUCAUGCAUCUGUUCAACAGGAUCUCGCUGCCGGAUAAACCGCCGGCACCCACUCAAGAGAACGGCUGCGAUACCAAGUUGUUCGACCUGGCCAGGUCUGUGCAUUGGAUCGUGGACGACGAUGGCAUUACUACGGUAGCUAACAAGUCACGCCGUAGGAAAGCUGGCGAAGACUCUGACGAUGACGACUUAGGAAUGGCUCCACCCGUCAACGAUAUUUACAGGCAGCGGCAGCAGAAGAGAGUCAAGUAGAGGGAGACAGAGCUAUACGGGGGGAAAGAGACGGAGCAUAAAUGUGACACGGCGAUAACGUUAUUAAAAACUUUUUGAUGUUUUAUAAUCAGAUAAUGGACUGAACGACGCGACGCUUGGAUGGAAUGAGGGUGUUUCGAAAAUUUACGUCGCCAUCGGCGCCACUGUGUCGUGAGGUGGUUUGUAUGAAGUUUUUGGCGCGAAUUAUCGGAAAGAGCGUUUAAAUUGAUCCGUAGACUAUGCAUAGAGGUAUAAGAAUAGAGUAGGGGAGAUAAAGACUCUACUACAAGUCGAAGUGUCCCUCUAAUAGAAAGAGAAAGAAGAUGAGAGACCGCUAGCUUUCUCUCUCUGAUCGCGCAUGCGCAUUGGCAACCGUAAGCAUCUUACUAUUUCGAUGUGAUGCCAUAGGAUGCCAUGCGUCACAAAAGAGAGAGAUAGCUAGCGGUCUCUCAUCUUCUUUCUCUUUCUACUAGACGGACACUUUUAGAGCCGCCUUUUCCCUUUUUUCUUAUACCUCUAUGGGCUAGGCCCCCCCCUGGGCUGGGUCCAUCUGUACCCACUUCACAUUCUGUACUUUACAAUCUGUACCCAUUGUGACUUGACCACGACUAUAUGACCCCCCCCUCCCUGGCGCCAAAGCUGGAGCCGCCGUUUUCUCCUAGCAUAAUGACAUAAUACUACUGUACCCUUAGCACCAUGGAGAUUAAAGCAUUAGCCCGCCUGCCCCUGAAAAUUUGUAGAAUUUAUAGUUUAUUUUUCAGCCACCAGCCGCGCUGCCGUCGGUAAGUAGUAUCUGUGAAGUUAGCUGUUUAUGAGCACAAGUAGAUGAAGUUAGUUGAAUAUUGUACAAUUUUUCUUCGCGGCAUUGGUCAUUUCAAAUUAGCGCACAACAGCCCGCUUUUAUUGAGACAACUUCGGGAACGCAGCGCCUCACUUAUUUUGUCCAUAUUUCUGGGACACUAUUUUCUACAGCGUUCUCCUUCUCUCUAACCUCCAUGCUUAGCAGAAACCAAUAUCGAAUUCGAAUAAUUUGUGAGUAAAGAAUGUCAUUGUCAAAUUUUGUAUGAAAACUUGAACAGCGCCAGCCAACAGACAUAACUAGAACUAUAAAUAUCAGUACACAGACUCGCAAACUAUUCAAAUUCGAUAAUGAUUCGUGCUAAGGGUACUGAAAUCAUUCUGCCGCUUUUUGCGGGGGG